CAGCACUGGAGCACCGGCAAACAGCUGAUUUUGUUGUUUUCAUUUCACUUUAUUAUUUAACGCUCUAAAAAAUGAGUUUCUUGUGGAAAGGACGCCGGUUUCUGAUCGCCGGGAUCCUGCCGAUCAUGGAAAACGGCGCCGACGACAUAAAGGACAAGGAAAACAAGACCUACAAGGCUUUCCUGGCCAGUAAACCGCCGGAGGAAACGGGUCUGGAGCGCCUCAAACAAAUGUUUUCCAUCGACGAGUUUGGAAGCAUAUCCUCCGAGUUGAACUCCAUUUACCAGGCCGGCUUCCUGGGCUUCCUCAUUGGAGCCAUUUAUGGAGGAGUUACACAAUCGCGCGUGGGCUACAUGAAUUUCAUGGAGAACAACCAGGCGACAGCCUUCAAAUCUCACUUUGAUGCCAAGAAAAAGCUGCAGGAUGAGUUCACAGUCAACUUUGCCAAGGGUGGUUUCAAAUGGGGCUGGCGCGUGGGCCUCUUUACCACCUCCUACUUUGGGAUCAUCACCUGCAUGUCGGUGUACCGUGGCAAAUCCUCGAUCUACGAGUACCUGGCCGCCGGUUCCAUCACCGGCUCGCUCUACAAGAUGAAUUUGGGACUGCGCGGCAUGGCGGCAGGUGGAAUCAUUGGAGGCUUCCUGGGCGGAGUGGCUGGCGUGACCUCGCUGCUGCUGAUGAAGGCUUCCGGCACCUCGAUGGAGGAGGUGCGCUACUGGCAGUACAAGUGGCGACUCGACCGCGACGAAAACAUCCAGCUGGCCUUCAAAAAGCUGACGGAAGACGAAAACCCAGCGCUCUUCAAGGCGCACGACGAAAAAGUACCCGAAGAGGUGUCCCUGGACUCGGUCAAGUGAGUUCAGUCCUGAGUUUUUUAAGUAGACGCCAGUGUAAACUUAGUUGAGUUUUUUAAUUUAAAUAAAUUGCAAAUAUGUCCAUCUAAA